AACCCCUAUAAAGAGAGGGUCCAAGCAUGAGACAGACACAGACCUCCAGAGUCCCUUUGUGUGUGCUCUGCUCCUCCAGCACUUCUCUCGUCUCAGGAUCAUGAAGGUCUCUGUGGUUGCCCUCUCCAUCCUCAUGGUCAUGGCCUUCAGCUCUCUGGCAUCUUCUGCACCAAUGGGCUCUGACCCUCCCACCUCCUGCUGCUUCUCCUAUGUCAGCCAACAGAUCCACAGAAAAUUUGUGAUAGACUAUUAUGAGACCAGCAGCCUGUGUUCCCAGCCAGCUGUGGUGUUCCAGACUAAAAGAGGCCGUCAGGUGUGUGCCAACCCCAGUGAUGACUGGGUUCAGACCUAUAUGGAGGAACUGGAGCUGAACUGAGGGGCUCAGGGCCUUUGGCUUACAAAUCUUCAAGGAACAUGGACCAAGCUAAGGAAUUCCAUAGUCAGAAGCAAUUUCUGAGACUUCAGCCUUCCUGAGAUCUUCUCCCUCAUUAUAAUUAAUUUUUAUCUGUGCUAUUUAAUUUCUGUUAAUUAUUUGGUAGCAGAUUUUCUUAUUUAUUUGUACUAUUGUUCCACUUCUGGACGAUGCUUGUCCCCUAUGGGGAUCUCUAUUAGCAACCUAGGCUCUGUUCCUUAGAGUCCAGGGGUUGCUAGAUGGAUUCCACAGAUGUCUUUUGGACAAAGAUUUCAGAAUAAAACUUUCUAAAACCACA